AUGAUAUCGACUAUCACCCAUCUUUCGGUGGCGAGUGUUCAGCAAUAUGGGGCUUUUAUUAAAUUAGCUGGAAAUAAGAAUCAAGGACUAGUCCAUCGAACCCAAAUAUCCAAUAGCAAUGUUGAUGAUGCUUCAGAUGUUUUGCAGAAAGGCGAUAGAGUAUGGUGCAAAGUCAUUAAAUUGACAGAUGAUGGGAAAAUUUCGCUGUCUAUGAAAGUUGUUGAUCAAGGAGAUGGGAAAGAUCUUGAUCCAAAUGGUGUUCAGAUACAUCAGGAUGAGCAAAAACGACGUGAAAAGCCAAAUAGCUCAGGAAGAAAAAAAAUUGAAUUAGAAGCUGUUUUUAAUACUACCUGUUCAAAAUGUGGAGUGCAUGGCCACAUUGCCAAAGAUUGUUUUAAGGAUCCAACUGGUAAAGUUUAUGAACUUCUUCCUGAUGAAGAUGUUCCUGAUAACAGUCAAGAUCCUGAAACUGUAAGCAGAGAUAUUAAAGAAUUGAAAAGGAAAAAAAAGGAGCUAAAAAAGAAGCAUAAAAAAAAUAAGAAAAAAAGACAUCAUUCUUCAUCCGAUAGCCUUCACCUGAGCCGAGUUUUUUCUGCCUGCUCUGCCUCAUUCAGGAGGCGAUGUGAGGUCGUCCUUCAAGUAGUUCCAAUCAUGGCCAACUUUUCCACCACUCCAGGCUGUUUUCGGAAUGAACAGCAUUUUAAAACUGUGGUUUUAUGGUUAGAAGAUCAAGUUAUUAGGCACUAUAAAAUUGAAGACCGUGAGAGCUUGAGGGAUUUAGAUUCACCCAAUUGGAAUAAUGCAUUUGUGCAGUACUGUAAGGAUUUAGAGUGUCCUCUUCCAGUUGCCUCGCCUAAUGAAUGUUUAGAAUGGAUUGCCGGUCUUGCUGUGAGACUGGAAUAUUCUGAUAAUAAGGAGAAAUACAAGAACCAAACAUCUGAAAUUCUUAAAAACCAAAAAAAUACAACACCAGUUGUGAAAUCUUCUAACCCCCUUGAUAAUUUAGACUUUCAAAGUUUAGAGUUUAAAAAUGGUGUUGAAGAAUUAGCUAAAUUGUUGAAAGUUACUCAGCAUCCUGACCACUUGGUCACUCUUGAAGCAAUUUGUAAUUUGAUUACUCAAUCCCUUGAUAAGAACACUGUAAAUGAAACAAAACCACAGGGAGUCCCUUACCCUAUUAUGGAAAUGGAUUUAGGCUUUGAUCUUGGUGAUUAUGUAUUGAAUAGAGCUGCGAAAAUUCUCCGAUUGUUGUAUAUACAUGACCUAAGAAACUUACAAACAAAGAUUAACGAAGCUAUUGUUGCCGUACAAUCCGUCACAGCUAACCCCAAAACUGAUACUAAGUUGGGAAAAGUUGGAUAUUAGUUAUGAAAUUUGCAUCACUUAUAAUAUUUUUUUUUUAAAUAAAUGUUUUUCUAUUGUUUGAAA